GGGGUCUAUGUUUCCCAGGCUGGUCUUGAACUCCCAGGCCUACUUUUCUAGCUUCAGCCUCCCUAGUAGCUGGGAUUUACAGGUACAUGCCACCUCAUCCAGCUUCAGUUUGCCUUGUUUUCAUGUUUGUUUUCCAAAACUGAAAUGAGAGAAGGGUUGUCUAUGCUAACUUAGUAUGGAAUGUUUACUUACUUAAACUAAGCCUUGUUUACAUGGAAGCUUCUGAAGAAAUCUAAUGUAAUUGAGUAUCAAGAGAGGUUAUGAUAAGAAAUUAAUUCUAACUAGAUGCAGAAAUAUAUGUUUGGUUGUGCUAGAUAUUGUGUAUUCUGACUUUGGGGUUGUAUUUAAUACAGCUCUUGUGAUAUUCUUAUGGAAAUGAUAAUCCUUACGGGCUAAAUGGCAGAAAAAUCAGGAAGAUACAUGACUAAGUAAAUACGCCUAAUAGUGCAGACUAAUCCAUUAAAUAGCAGGAUCUUUUUGUGGUUUGCCAUGUGGUUAUGUCAUAUAACCUUGUCCUGUUUGGGAUCUAUAUCUUGCAUGUGCAGAUGGCUAAAAAUAACUAAAUAUGUUAGAUUAGGAAGAAAAUUCCACAGGAGCUCAACAUACUGCCAAAUGGGUCAAAAUGAUUACAUAAAUUUAAGACAGUAAAAGUAAAAUUUGGUAUUUAGAUUCAAUUGAGAAAAAUCACAUUAGUACUAGAUGACAAUAACAACAGUGAUAAUAAUAAGUAUACUAACAGCAUUUACUUGAUGUUAGGUGCUGAACACAUGUUAUACGUUACAUGAUACCCAGCUUCAUUAUCACAUAUAUAAAAUAUUCAGGAGUUUAAGUGGACUUUAACUUCAACAUAAGCAAUCUGACAAAAUUGCUUUUUAAAAAGCAGUGCCAUAGAUUUUGUAUGGGGCACAAAUAAGCUUUCUGACCUGACCUUCCGUAUCAAGAAAACAACACUAAAUUUUGAGGGAUUCUAUUUUGACAAGAGUUUUGAAAAAAUAGCACAAAUUACAAAUAGAAUGAUCAGAAGAUUGAAGAAUUUAUAAAACUGAAAACAAAGGAGGGCAAAUAUGAAAAUGCUUGAAGACCUAUCAAGUGGAAGUGGAAAUAGGCUGCUUUGUGGUGUUGUAGAACAGAGAUCUAGAGCUUAUUGGUAAAAUAUUUAGGCAAAAAUAAGAAGGUAUAUAAUGGCAAUUAGAAAUGAUCUAACAAAGAAAUGACCUGCCCUGAAGGACUCCAAAAUUCCUUUAAAGAAUUUUUUUAUUUUUGAGAUACCGUCUGGCUCUGUUGCCCAGGCUGGAGUGCAGUGGUGCGAUCAUGGCUCACUAAAGCCUCAGCCUUCCGAGCUCAAGUGAUCCUCCCACCUCAGCCUCCCAAGUAGCUGAGACUCCAGGCACACACCACCAUGCCCAGCUAAUUUUUUAUUUUUUGUAAAGAAAGAGUCUCACUACGUUGCCCAGGCUGGUCUUGAACUCCUGGCUUCAAAUCAUCUUCCUGCCUUGGCCUCCCAAAGUGCUGAGAUUAUGGGAUGGGGCCACUGCACCCAGCCUCCAAAAUUCUUAUAUUUUUAAGUAUCUACAGAAUUUUGGAGAUGGAGAGAAGGUAGGAUGCUGAGUGGGAGAUUAGAUUAAAUGUCCUUUAUGUUAUCUUCCGACUCUAAAUUCUAUGAUUCUAAUUCAUUAAAUACUUAUAAAAUUGUUUUAAUUUUCUGAAAAUUUAUAAAUACAAGGACAUUUGAAAUUGAGGGAAAUACAUCUCUAUAAUAGUGGGAAAGUUCACUUAUAGUUCAUUUGAGAGUAAGAUUUCAAAAGGUUCGAAUUAAUGGGUUCACACAAAAAGAAAUGAGGUACUAUCAAAUGUUGUUAGGAAAUUAUUGAUGUUAUUUCUUCAAUUCCUAAACUAUCUUUAGCACAUAGCACUAAAUGAAAAUGAGUUUACACAUCAUUAUUGCUUUAGGCUUAUCACCUCAUUGAUUUAUUUUAAUAAGGGAUUGACCUGCAAGCUGGAGAGUGGGUAAUAAUAUAUCAUCAUAUUAAUUUUCCAACAUUUCUGGAGUGCCAGAAAUUAAGUGAAUUAAAUAAAAUCUUCCCCUAUAUUCUUAGAAUUUAUUGUCAUAUUCCAUUUUUAGGCAUUCCUUUCCUGCACUCUGUACUUCAACCUGCCUAUUAACCAAAUCCCUGUUUUCUUUCAAAGAUUUUGAUUAAGAGGUCCUGCUUCCCUAUGAAAUCCUGGUAAUUUAUUCACUAUAACCAAGACCUUCUGAAUUUUUGAGGUAAAGUUUUGGGAUUAACAAAAUGAUAUGCUCAAACGCGGGCGGGCGGGCCCGCAGUCCUGCAGUUGCAGUCGUGUUCUCCGAGUUCCUGUCUCUCUGCCAACGCCGCCCGGAUGGCUUCCCAAAACCGCGACCCAGCCGCCACUAGCGUCGCCGCCGCCCGUAAGGGAGCUGAGCCGAGCGGGGGCGCCGCCCGGGGUCCGGUGGGCAAAAGGCUACAGCAGGAGCUGAUGACCCUCAUGAUGUCUGGCGAUAAAGGGAUUUCUGCCUUCCCUGAAUCAGACAACCUUUUCAAAUGGGUAGGGACCAUCCAUGGAGCAGCUGGAACAGUAUAUGAAGACCUGAGGUAUAAGCUCUCGCUAGAGUUCCCCAGUGGCUACCCUUACAAUGCGCCCACAGUGAAGUUCCUCACGCCCUGCUAUCACCCCAACGUGGACACCCAGGGUAACAUAUGCCUGGACAUCCUGAAGGAAAAGUGGUCUGCCCUGUAUGACGUCAGGACCAUUCUGCUCUCCAUCCAGAGCCUUCUAGGAGAACCCAACAUUGAUAGUCCCUUGAACACGCAUGCUGCCGAGCUCUGGAAAAACCCCACAGCUUUUAAGAAGUACCUGCAAGAAACCUACUCAAAGCAGGUCACCAGCCAGGAGCCCUGACCCAGGCUGCCCAGCCUGUCCUUGUGUCGUCUUUUUAAUUUUUCCUUAGAUGGUCUGUCCUUUUUGUGAUUUCUGUAUAGGACUCUUUAUCUUGAGCUGUGGUAUUUUUGUUUUGUUUUUGUCUUUUAAAUUAAGCCUCGGUUGAGCCCUUGUAUAUUAAAUAAAUGCAUUUUUGUCCUUUUUAAAAAAAAA